CAAAGAGAGAGUAACGACUGUCCGUUGGUUUGCUUUGACCGGCCACCUUUACCUUUUCCCCUUGCUUUUAACUGCCCACGUUCUCAGUCUUGCUGUUGGCUUUGGGAGGAGGAGUUGUGCCUUGUCUCCCUUUCUCUUCACUCUCUCUGGCAUCACCAGGAGCAGGCUACGGGCAGGCGCAGCAGGAAGCCUGACAGCACUGAGCUUGCAGUGGUGCGGUGUCCUUUGACAUGGAAUAAGAAGGCAGUCUUCUUGCUCGUGGCAUGUUCCUGAGAAGAACAACCCGGGAAUUAUUUGACGAGUUCUUGCAAUCCUGAUCAGAUGAGGCGAGUGUGGCUUCCCGGCCGGUGAUUGGAUCCGAAAGAUCUCUACGGAUCAGGUUCGGGGCACCAGGAUGAGGGAUUUCCCUUCUUGCUUCGGCGAAAGUGGAGUUCAGGUCUCCAAGGAAUCAUCAUCCGGUGCCGGCAAGACCGCUCAGAAUCUGGUAACUUGCCUUUACCAGGCUCAGCUCUUAGGCCGCCGUCGGGUGAUCAACGUUACAUGGAGCAAGAACCUGAUGGGCCAAGGCCUGAGCGUCGGAAUCGAUGACCUCGGCAACCAAUGCCCGCCUUGCAGGGUGGAAAUCAAGCCAUGGCUGUUCUCCAAGAGGAAGGGCUCGAGGACACUGGACAUGGAGGGCAGCAAGAUAGACAUUUUCUGGGACCUCUCUGCCGCCAAGUUCGGACCAGGCCCGGAGCCCCUCGAAGGUUUCUACGUCGCUCUGGUCUUCGACCACCAGAUGGUCCUCCUCCUCGGCAACCUGAUCAAAGAAGCCUAUCAGAGGACCAACGCAAGGCCUCCUCCAUCAAGCGCGGUGCUCGUCGCCAAGACGGAGCACAUCUACGGCAAGAAGCUCUACUCCACGAAGGCUCAAUUCUGUGACAACGGGCAGUUCCACGACGUUGCCAUAGAGUGCGACACCGUAGGGCUCAAAGAUCCCUGCCUUGAGAUAUGCAUCGACAAGAAGCGGGUGAUGCAGAUCAAGAGACUGGCCUGGAAAUUCCGCGGAAACCAGACGAUUUUGGUGGACGGUCUUCCUGUAGAAGUGUUUUGGGAUGUUCAUAGCUGGCUUUUCGGCUCACCUACUGGCAAUGCUGUCUUCAUGUUCCAAACUUGCCUUUCAGCUGAGAAGCUUUUGUCGUGGUCUACUAGUUCACAGGUUUUGAGGGAACCUCAACUGCAAGGCCUUGGUUUUUCUUUGAUACUGCAUGCUUGGAAAAUUGAGUAGGUCAGAUAGAAGGACAUUUCUCUCUCUCUCUCUCUCUCUCUCUCUCUGUUUAAUUUUCUUGUGAGUGCUAACAGAAUCUAGUGAGUAAUUUGUCUUUACCAAUGAGUGUGAAGCCCAUUUAGUUUUCAUCUUAUAACUCUGCUCUUUUUUACCA